AUGUCUGCAAACACGCACCCCGAUCCCCAGCCUGGGGCGCCGGCCUUUAUCCCCCUCGAGGCGAACCCGCAGUUGAUGACGACGCUCAUCCACAAGCUCGGCGUGUCUGCCGCUCUCCAGAUGCACGACGUCUACUCCCUGACAGAUCCCGACCUUCUCGCCUUUAUCCCCCGCCCCGCGCUGGCCCUGCUGCUCGUCUUCCCAGUCAGCGCCGUGUACGAGAGCCAUCGGAUGGCAGAGGACAGCCUGGUGGACGAGUACAGGGGCACGGGCGACCAGCAGCCCGUCUUGUGGUGGAAGCAGACGAUUCGUAACGCCUGUGGCCUCAUGGGCCUGCUGCAUGCCGUGUCCAACGGUCCGGCAAGGAACUUUAUCGAACAAGGCUCGACGCUCGACCAACUGCUCAAGGAAUCCAUCCCCCUCGAGCCAAAUGCCCGCUCCGCUCUGCUCGAGAAGACGCCAGCGCUGGCUGCAGCCCACAAGGAGGCUGCCUCGGGAGGCGACACGGUCGCCCCGGACGCCCAAGACGACGUGGACCUGCACUACGUGUGCUUCGCCAAGGGCGGCGACGGGGGCCUGUGGGAGCUCGACGGGCGACGCAAAGGCCCUAUUAGGCGCGGCGACUUGAACGCCGACGAAGAUGUCUUGAGCGCCAAAGCCCUGGCCAUGGGCGUGCUGAAGUUUCUGGAGCGUGAAGGGGGCGAUUUGCGGUUCAGCGCAGUGGCCUUGGCCGGAGCCCUGGACUAA